UAUCGCCCCGACAAGCAGAGAAUUUAUUAUCUACCCAAAACUGUGUUAUCGGGAGCAUACGGAUUAUUUCUGCUAUUCAUUGCCUAGAAUUUCAUAUCAAAACAUGUUGUAACCUCAAUCAAUUUUUUUCGUAAUAGCAGAACAAAUACCUCUGCAAGUAAACCUCCAAUAAUAUUACAGCCAAAUUCGAUUGUACAUAUUGUUGUUUAGCAUAUAAGUGUUAUGUUGCGUUUUGACUAAAGGGCGCAAAAAUGUAUUUAGAUUACAUCAUUACGUAUUCAACGUGGUUUCUAUCGAUAGCUUAUACCGUCAUCACAAGUGUGUGGACAUUUUUUUAUGAUGCAUUCCUAACAAAAGAAGCCUAAGGUCAAACUGCCGCCUGGACCAAAACCUGAGAUUAUAUUGGGUAACCUUCGAAUGAUGAUCAAAGAAAAGGGCAUCGGUCGUCUGAAGCUAAUGGACGAGAUUGGCAAAAAAUAUGGAGGAAUAUUUACGAUCUAUCUUGGCAGUACACCGAAAGUCGUUGUUACCGACUAUGAGCUGAUGAAACGUGUGUUGAAUGAGGAUAUUUUUACUGGAAGGCCAAAGCGAUUUUUUGCUGAUUUAUUCUUCCGGCGACUAGGGCUACUAUACAGCGACGGCCCACUGUGGAGAGAACACCGUCCAUUCGCUAUGAAAACAUUACGCGAUUUCGGACUAGGAAAGCCCUGGUUGGCCGGGACCAUCGUGGAGGAAGCCAAAGAUUUGAUUCGGGAUCUGGAAGCUACCAAACAACGACCAACCGAUCCAGCUGGUGUCAUUACGCACAGUUCAGCGAACAUUCUGUGCGCCAUCAGCUACGGUACUCGCUUCGACCACAAUAACCGCCACUUCCAGAGACUGGCGCUGUUGACCUCGCGUAUUAUCAAAAUGGCCGGCAGAAACCAAGUGCUUAACUUCUUUCCUUGGCUUCGACACAUUCCAUUCCUUCCUUUCAAAAAGAGCUACGAAGACUACACUACCAACUACGCGAAGCUCGAUGCUUUUUCGGAAAGUCUGAUUGAAGAGCAUAAGAAUAAUUUUCAAGAAGGAGAAGCACGCGACUAUAUCGACGCAUUCUUAAAUGAGCAGCAGAAACAAAUGAAAGCGUCCGGACAAACCACGUUUACUAGAGAGCAAUUGAAAAUGUCUAUUUUGACACUGUUUGGCGCCGGUGUGGAAACAACAGCGACGACAAUCGUCUGGUCGAUCGUGUUCCUAGUUGAAAAUCCCGACGCGCACCGCCGUCUUGUCCAGCAAGUAGAUGCAAAUAUUCCCGACGGAGGAUUCCCAAAUUACGAGAAUAAACAUUUGAUGCCGUAUCUGGAAGCCUUCAUUAUGGAAGUUUUACGCCUCUCCGAUCCCAUACCGAUUCCUGCUCGCCGAACCCUGGAAACAACAGAAUUAGGCGGAUACGAGAUACCGGCGGAAACCGUUAUCUAUCCCAAUCUCUACUCCGCCCACAUGGAUCCAAAGUUUUUUCCCAACCCCGAAAAAUUCGACCCCGAUCGAUUUCUGGACGCUAACGGCAAUAUAAAAAAACUGGAAGGUUACAUGCCGUUUUCCGUGGGGAAGCGAUACUGCUAUGGAGAAGCGUUGGCCAAGAUGGAGCUGUUCAUCUUCGUGGCUAGUUUAGUCAAAUAUUUCAACUUCAUUAUUCCGGGAGGAGAAACCGUCACGUCCACAGAUUCUAUGUUGGCUCUGGUGAAUGCACCCAUACCCUUCCGUGUUGUUUUUCAGCCGCGCUCGGGAGGACGACGUUUCAGUAUCCUCAGCACUGGUCAUCGUCAGUGGGAUCACUAGUCACUACUACCUCGUAUAAUUCACUUUGUCGUUCAUUAUGUAUUCACGGUUUUGCUCAUCAUCAGCUGUAUCUGUAAUCUGUAUGUACUGGGGCUUUUAAAAAAACAUCACAAAAGUAGUAAUGCUAUGUUUUUUACAUGCUUUCAUAUCGCUUCAAACUCACAUAUCACGGUCUCUAAGAUAAUGUAACUUUGUUCUUUCUCAUCCAGCUACUUCUUGAGCAAAAUUGUGUUAACGUUG